ACAGGAAAACAGCUUGAUGGGAUUUGGCACACAUCUAUUGUGGUCUAUGGAGAGGAAUUCUUCUAUGGUGGUGCCGGGAUCUCUAGUUGCCCACCGGGUGGGACAAUGCUCGGACCUCCAGACACAGUGGUGGAGCUGGGAAACACAGAGGUGACAGAGGAGAUCUUUAUGGAUUAUCUGUCCUCACUUGGAGAGACAACAUGUAGUGGUGACAAAUACAGAUUGUUUGAACACAACUGUAACACGUUCACUAAUGAG